CCCCGCUCUCAGGGAGCUGGGUUGGUUGUUAAAGUGCUAUGACAACGGGCGCGAAGAUGGCCGCUGCGGCUGGCGGAGCGGGGCAGCUGGUGCCGCCUGCAGCCUCUCCCUGAGCAGCGGCUCUCCCUCCUCCACCCCGCACCCUGUCCCGUCGGCAGGGCUGCGAGCGGGGAGGGCUGAACCGGCUGGCGCCUUUUGAUUUCCGUCCUCGGGGACCCGCUGAGCCCCAGGGCUGGAGCUUGGGAGGAACCCGCACCUCUCUGCUCGCGCACACCCCUAAUGUAGACGCCUCCUCCGCCGUGGUUGCUGGUCAGUUUCCAGGACAGGUACUUGGGGGUGCAGAGGCCCCUGCUUGGACGGGUCUGCGUGAAGGAGAAUGUCUUUAUUUAAAGCCCGAGAUUGGUGGUCAACAGCUCUUGGAGAAAAAGAAGAAUUUGAUCAAGGGUGUUUAUGUGUAGCUGAUGUUGACAACAGUGGCAAUGGACAAGAUAAAAUAAUUGUUGGCAGUUAUAUUGGAUAUCUUCGAAUCUUUAAUCCUCACCCUGUCAAACCUGGAGAUGGAAUGCAAGCUGAAGAUUUGCUCCUGGAAGUGCAACUGCGAGAUUCAAUACUCCAGGUGGAAGUAGGAAAAUUUGUUUCUGGUACUGAACUACUUCAUCUGGCUGUACUGCAUUGCAGAAAACUGUGUGUGUAUGCUGUCUCAGGAACUUUGGGAAAUGUGGAACAUGGGAACCAGUAUCAGAUCAAACUUAUGUAUGAACACAAUCUUCAGAGAACAGCCUGCAACAUGACUUAUGGACCAUUUGGUGGUGUGAAAGGUCGAGAUUUGAUAUGCAUACAGUCCAUGGAUGGCAUGCUUAUGUUGUUUGAACAGGAAAGCUAUGCUUUUGGCCGAUUUCUACCUAGUUUUCUUCUGCCUGGUCCGUUAACUUACAGCUCUCGAACGGAUUCCUUCAUUACAGUCUCUUCCUGUCAACAAGUUGAGAGCUACAAGUACCAAGUGCUGGCAUUUGCAACAGAUGCUGAUGAAAGAAAGGAGACAGAGCAGCAAAAACUGAGUUCUGGAAAAAGACUUGUUAUGGAUUGGGUUUUAAACAUUGGAGAGCAAGCACUGGAUAUAUGCGUUGUUUCCUUAAAUCAGACCUCCUCUGUUUUUGUGCUUGGCGAGAGAAAUUUCUUUUGCCUUAAGGAUAAUGGGCAAAUUCGAUUCAUGAAAAAACUUGAUUGCAGUCCAAGUUGCUUCCUUCCUUAUUGUUCAGUGUCUGAAGGAACAAUAAACACUCUGGUUGGAAACCAUAAUAACAUGUUGCAUGUUUAUCAGGAUGUGACAUUGAAGUGGGCCACUCAGCUUCCCCAUAUUCCUGUAGCUGUAAAAGUGGGCAAUUUACAAGAUUUGAAAGGUGUUAUAGUUACUCUGAGUGACAGUGGGCACCUGCAGUGUUCCUACCUUGGUACCGAUCCUUCUCUGUUCCAGGCUCCUAAGGUUGAAUCUAGGGAAAUAAACUAUGAAGAACUUGACAGAGAAAUGAAAGAGCUUCAGAAAAUCAUCAAGGAGUCCACAAAAACACAAGAUAUUUUGCCCAAAUCUGAAAAAGAUUAUGAUGAUUUGAGAAUCACGGCAGAAGUUUCACCUGACUUGGAUGUAGACUCUCAAGCCAUUGACAGUGAGGUGAGAGCAGAGGCAGUUCCUUCAGUCACAGUAAAGAUCACACUACAGAGCAGAUUGGCUGUGCAGAAAACAAAAUUAUCAAUAUGUGUACAACCUCCUUUAGCGCUGACCCAUGACCAGUUCAUCUUUGAUGAUAUAGAGUCAUGUGGAUCUAAAGCUGUAGCCCUGUCUGUCUUUCUGAAGGGGAAUUGUCCACCAGCAGAGCUGGAAGGAGAUGCUGUGGCUUCCUAUAGCACACCCACAGAUCUCAAUCCUGAAGGAAUACCAAGAGUUGCUCAGUGCAAAUUUAGACUACCCUUGCGGUUAAUUUGCUUUCCAGCUCAACCUUCAAAAACAGCAAACCACAAACUAACUAUUGAUACCAAUAAACCUCCUGUCAGUCUUGUGAACCUUUUUCCAGACUUUGCUGAUCAGUCUGAUGAAGAUCAGGUAAAUGUUCUGGGAUUCCAGUUCUUAACUGGUUCUAGAAUCACUCUUCUUGCUUCAAAAACCUCACAGCGGUAUAGAAUCCAGAGUGAACAAUUAGAAGACCUUUGGCUAAUCACAAAAGAGCUCGCUUUUCGUCUUGAAGAACAUUUCAAGAAGCAAAAUAGCAAAGACUUCACAUGUACCUUUUCUGGUUCAGUUCCUUUACAAGAGUAUUUUGAACUAAUUGAUCGCCAUUUUGAGCUUCGCUUGAAUGCUGAAAAAUUUGAAGAACUGUUGUCUGAAAGAGCCAUACAAUUUAGAGCUAUUGAACGACGAUUACUAACUCGAUUCAAAGACAAAACACCUGCUCCCCUCCAACAUCUGGACACCUUGCUAGAAGGAACUUACCGACAGAUAAUAGCUCUAGCAGAUGCGGCAGAGGAAAACCAAACCAAUAUGUUCCAGGCAUUCACAAAGUUGAAAAGUGCCACCCAGCUGGUGAUUAUGUUGAUUAGUCUGUGGCAGAAGCUCAGCACUGACCAAGUUGCUAUUCUGGAAGCUACGUUUUUGCCAUUAAUGCAGGAUACCCAAGAGCUGGGUUGGGAAGAAAGCGUGGAUGCUGCCAUCUCUCACUUGCUGAGAACAUGUCUGUCCAAGAGCUCUAAAGAACAGGCCCUGACUCUCACCAGUCAGUUGAGUAUACCCAAAGAUACUAGCAGGCUGAAGAAACACAUCACCUUGCUCUGUGAUAGAUUGGCCAAAGGUGGUCGCUUAUGUUUAAGUACAGACACAAAUAUUCAACAAACGAUGGUCAUGCCAGGUGGUUGUACUCCCAUCCAAGAAUCUGACCUGGAGGAAAGGACAGGUGUACAGGAUUCCACAACAAUGUUUACCAACCACAGGCACCUCACAAAGCAGAAAUCCAAAACUGAUUUUCCGCAGGGUGCACUAGAGGAAGCAGAAAAGCCAUGAAAAUCUGAAGAGGAUCCUCAGGAGGAUUUUUCUGUCUGAUGUCAAAAGCAUUUACAAUGCAGCUGUACCAAUCCAUGUUACUCUAUUCUGAAUGGAGCCUUCAGAAGGAGAAGGUCCCACUAAUUGUACAAAAAAGUUUAUUCCCAUCAAAGUGAUUAGAUUUUCUUGCCAACUGUAAGGCUUAGCAUCCAUUCUGUGGAUAAAGCCUAACCACUUAUCCCUAACCACAAACUGUUAUAGCAAAUGUUUGUUAAUCUGCAAUAUCAGCCCGUAAUAAAGAUCCUGUUGACUGAUCAAAGACUAUUUUACACACAGUUAAAAGCAACCUUUGUUUCAUGGUAUGUUUUAUCUGAUUUUUUAGAUAUUCUGUACUCCCUGUCCCUUUGCGGUCACGUUACCAUUUUCUCAUAAUGUCACAGUUUGGACAAAAAAUAGCUAUCUCCUUCCCACCUCUGCAAACCAAUCACAAUUUCCACACAGGUGAAUUCACCACAAGAAGAAAGGCAGAUAAUCCACCAAGGCUUCUCUAACCCCCUCCUCCCUGAUUUAUACUGCUGCUCUCAAGAGAUACAGUGUAAAAUAUGGUUAUGUCAAGGGCAAAAUGUCUCCUUCCCUUUUCCUGUUACAGAACACUAACACAUGGAUCUUCUUACUGUGCUUUUUACUGACACAUUAAGUAUGCUGAGACCCGUUAUUCUUAUGAAUCAGUCUGUUCUGGUUAGGGACAAGAUUUUCAUGUGUGACUAGUGAUUAUGAGUGAACCCAAUCUGAGAGACUUCAAAGGGGGUCUGAUUUUCAGAAAGUUUGACCCCUUUGAAAAUCAAGUCCUGUUAAGGUGUCUAGAAAUGGGAAACCCUAAAAUAGAGGCACCCAAAAUCGCCUUUGAAAAUCUUGGCCUAGAUUUUUGAAAUGUCAGGCGCAUAAAUGAAUUACUGAGAGUAACAUGGAUGCAGUGUCAAUGUAAAGAUGUAUGGAAGGGUCUGAAAAUAACUGAGACCUGGCUCCAAGUGUAGAAGAUAUGCAGCCAACAUCUGCUUCCUUUUGGUUUGGCCUCACGGUGGAUCGUACAAAAGUACAAUUUCCAGCCUGAUUGGCAGCAUAUAUGAAAUGAAUUGUUGAUCUCAGCUUAUUUCCUAGUGGACAAGUGUACACAUUGCAAAAGCUGUCAUCAAACUUGGCACCUGUGUUGUUUAGGCUAUGUCUGCACUAUCACUGUUGUUGGCAAAACUUUUGUUGGUCAGGGUGUGUUUUUUCAACCCCCUGACUGACAUAAGUUUCACUGACAAAAGGGCUGGUGUGGACAGCAUCUCCUGUUGGUGGGAGAGCAUCUCCUGUUGGUGUAGCUAGCGCCACUCGCUGGGGGUGGUUUAAUUAUGCUGGCUGGAGAGCUCUUUCCAGCCAGCAUAGAGCAGCUACACAGGAGACCUUACAGCAGCACAGCUGUGCCACUGUAAAGUCCAUAGUGUAGCCAAAGCCUAAGUCAGCAUAGAGAUUCACUGUUCUAACUUCUCACCCAUACAAGAGAUUCCCCCAGCUCAGUUGUGAAAUCUGCUGGCAGGGGUUGACAAUUGCAAAUUUAUAUUACUACUAUCUGCCCCGUAUCUGUGGCUAAAGAGGGAAGUUUAUUCUCCAGGACUUCCAGUCCAGUAACUUUCAUCAGCACAAAAUCUACUUUCAAUCCCCUUCCCUCUCCCCCUCUCCAAAAAUCAUUUCCUCCUUCCUGUACCAAUUGUGCAUUUCCCGUUAGCCUCCCAUGCAAUUCCAUGGUGCUGCUCCAUCAGGAGUAUCAAUAAUGUUUAUAUCACUGCAAUUGUACAGGGUUGUCUUUUUUAGUCGACUUUUUAAAUGGAGCCAAGCAGCCGGGGAGCAGGUGGCCCUGGAGCUGGAGUGAAGCUGCAGGGCUUCCAUCCAGAUGGCCCUGUACCCUGGCAGCUGUCAGAGAGCUGCAACUCAUGGGGGCCAAAAACCUCCCUGGGGGAGAAACUCCACCUCUCUGGCUUGGAAAGAUUCCCCCUCCAGGAGUGUUCUUCCCUCUCUGUCCCUCCCACAUGUUUUUCCCCAGGAGAGCAGUAUGUGACCCAUUGUAAAGAGACUCCACUGCUCUGCUAAAAUUGCCCAAUAAAAUAAUCUCCUGUAGUCUCCAUACACACCUCUGUGACCGAAGAAAAUCCAUGGGGAACUGAUCAAUUACUUUAGCUAUUAGGCUUAAACUUUAACCACAGAUUUCAAAUCUUCUUCUGUGCUCUCAGUGGCUGCUAGGUAACCUAGAGAAAUCAACUGCAAUUACUAUUAAAAAUCCCUUCACUGUACCGUAGAAGUGCCAUUACACUGUAGAAUCCUGAACCAAAGAAUCCUGUACUAUUAUAUACAUAUAUACCAUAUGUGGGAAAGAAAACCAUAGGGCUUUAGUGGGAUAUAUUACAAGGUAAUAAUUAUCAUUAUUAGAUCUGAUUCAGUCACCCAAAACUGCCAUUGACUUCAUUGGGAGUUUGGGGUAAGUAGUGAGUAGAGGUUCGGGUGAGGUAUGGGAAAUGCUUCUUUUUAAAUUGCAUUUAUUUGACAUCAGUGAAACAUGUUUGUGUUGGUGUUGCUCCUGUUUGCCUAUUUUACUCCUCGCUGUGGGAGGAGAAGGUUCUAUAGAGAAUCAACCCAUAACACUGUUGAAGGGGGAAAAUCAUAUUGGUUAUAAAAGAAAGAAAGAGAGAAAAUUGUGCAUAGUAGUAUUUUAUGGUCUCUUUAUAAUAUGUUAAAUUAUGCCAUUCAAUAGUAUCAUCAGGAUUUAAAGCAGGGAUAUUUGCACUGGGUACAAAAACCAUUUGUUUUUCCCAUGGCCAAAUGAUCCAGGUAAUUCAGAGGAAAUAAGUCACUGCAAUUUAGUGGUUUAAAGAACAGUGCAACAGGAAAUAGUAGGAAGAAGCUCUCAGUAGUGCUCAGACUUUCUAUGAAUUUUUUUCUUUUAAAUCUGAUCUUUGUGGCUGGGGGAAAAAUCGAGGCGAAAUUACAAGAUACUUUUUUAAAGAAAAAGUUAUCCAAGCCAAAAAUACGAAGGAAGCACUACUAAUUUCAGGGGACCAAAUGUUCAGUUCUCAACAUCAAUGUUUCUGAGGCAAGGAAAGAUCUUACUGGCCAUGUCAUUCUAUAAUGCACAGAAUUUGGCACCCAUACCCUGUCAGGUCUCUUGCUAAUAAGUAGACCACAUUAUUUCAAAAUGAGGUUGGGAUGUAAAUACAAUUUUCUUAUGUAGAAUCCUAGUUAUUUAUACUAUAAAAUGAAUACUCCUAUACAACUUCUUAUUUUCAUUCAACCAAACUUUAAUAUGCAGAGUAUCUAUGCUUCAUCAAGUUAUUUGAAGAGAAUGUUAUAUUUUGUGUGGUUGUUAGAGCAAAACAAAGUUUAAGCAAUCAUUUUGUUAAAAUCAAUUUUAGACAAAUCUAAAUGCUGAAUUAGUGAGUGCAUUGUGACAUUUCAAUACCAUCCUAUCAGCGGUACCAACUAUUUUUAUUGUUAAUAGCUACGGCACUUUUUUUUUUGCCCUUGCAUUUUUAGAACAACACACUAAUAGGAUUAUUCAUCUAAUGACCAAAAUCCAGUUGAGUUUCUGAAAACUUGGGCUCAGUUUAUCUUUUGGGGUUUGAAUACAAUCCUGAAUUCAAACCAACAGACCCUUGUGGUUUGCCUGUUCCCGCAUUGAUUCUUCUGUCCAAAUAGUAUUCAGCUAAGACAAAGAUUAACAAAAUUUCUAUUUUUCAAGGAACUGAAUUUCACUUUAAUAAUAGUAUGUGUUUUCUUCUCUUCAACAUUUACUAUACAGACUGUAUUAGUGGUUUAUCUGAAUGUUCUUAUACUUGUUCUUGUACUACAUAUGAAAAGUAAUUUACUGUCAUGAACUAAGGAAUGCUGAGCAGAGAUUGUAAUUUCCAUGUGAAAUCCUUUCAGUAGAAAAAAAAUUACAGUCUAUGCAUCAUGCUUAAUAAAUAUCUUUCCUUAUCAAAA